AUGUCAAAUCGACAGAUACGCCGACUGCAUCACUUGAUAAGGUCCUCCACAGGGAUUGAUGAGGAAGAGCCAGAGGAUAUCGGAAUUGUCACAAUGAAGCCUAAUGCAUCUUCGAAAGGUAGGCGUAAGAAGAACGAUCUGAAUACUGAGAAAAGAAAUAAUAAGAGUGAAACUUCCGGAGGGGAUAAAGCAGACACAGUCAGUAAUGUUACGCGAACUCCGAACGCUGCUGCGACUUGCCAGAAUCUAAGAGAAAAUCUUUGCAUCCCCACCACAUGCCCCUCAGAGGUCCCCAAAACUGGCGGUCACGAUAACGAAACGCACGUAAUCUCAGCUAGUGUUGUGGAUGCAUCACCAACUGGUAGCGCCAGCCCAAUCUCGCGUGGUGGAACUGAAUACCCUGCAGUUUGUGAAACUCAUUUGCACAACCACCGCAACGCUAAAAAACAAUCAAAAGGCUCAAAAAAAUCUAAAAGAGAAACUGAAGAAGAAAAGCUGCUGGAAGCCGUCCUACGGGAACGCGACAGAGCUCAGGGGGAUUCUGGCGAUAGGACCAAUGUGGAGCUGCGCCAGUCGGAGCCCUUUCUAGGGGUUCUGAUGCUAAUAUGUGAGCCCGAGCACCUGGACAUGCGUCUUGAGCACAUCCGAAACUUUGGCUUGGAGGCGGUCGAGGAUGUUGGGGACAAUACGACGCCAUUUCGGCCGCACCGGCGGCUGCGCGACAGCGGCCCCAACUCGCUCUUACCCGAACAUCACCUCAACUUGAGCUUCCGUCAUAGCGCCUUCGCGACGCCUCGGAAGCACCGAUGGCCUCCCUUCGAUUCUUUAGGCAUUCGAAUGGUGGUCGCCAGCACCAAUCCUAAGGAUGCGCGCGGCCGGAGGGGCACCCCAACGAAUCCUAACAACCCCAACAGUGCCGCACCGCUUGUCUACCGGCUAGAUUGUGAUUCUACGCAAUUUAAACAGGCUGAGGGUGCGCGAUUGGCGUGUGAAGCGCGGAUUGGUAAUCUACAGGAUCUCAUAAAUUGUCUGCAUCGAGGUCCCUACCACAUUCCCACACUCCUACAGCUCUACGCGACGUUUCGUGCAUUGGGUAAUACUGUGCGAGCGAGUGAGAUGGUGGAUCUAGCGCUCUAUCAUGUCGGUGUGCUUUUUUCACGCUUUCCAAUAGCUGAAACCUGGUGUAAGCGCUUGGUGCCGUAUGACUAUCCAAAGAACCAGAUCCUUUUCCAGGCCCUUCAAUGUGGAGUGCACGUGGCCUUACAGCGUGGAUGCGCCCGCACCGCGUGGGAGAUAUCUCGCUUUGUGCUUUCUCUCGACCCUCGUGACCCGUGCGGGAUGAUGCUGCUGAUGGAUUACUUGGCCUUGAGGGCGAAGCGUUGGGUGUGGCUGGUAGAGGCUCACCAAACCUCCCUCAGACUGCUUGACAAAUUAGUUCAAGCACCCAACGACACGGCUGAGAAAAAUGAAUCGCAAGAAGGGGCUAUUAAAGGGAGGGAAGGACCGCAAGACCCCUCUCUGACGCCCUAUAGGAACGACCAGAUUGAUCUUUAUCUCGCCCGCAGGGUCUCCGUACUUCCAAGCUUCGCCUUCAGUGCGGUGCUUGCGAAGUACUUUCUGGAGAGGGAUAUGGAGCAGUAUCAGAAUGCGCAGCCCACGCAAGGCACUGCCCCAACAGCGACGCACGUCGCCAUGCGCGCUCGGGGUCGGCCGAAAAAGAAGCCCCAGUCAAAGAUUCUGCGUAAUAUCACCCCUGCGCAGCAUGCGAUGCUGGAGGCCGCCGCCCCUUCAACUGCAAUGCUCGCACAGGCGAUCGUGCGCUUCCCGGGCGCGGCCGCGAAGCUGGUUGAACGGCUCCAGGGGGUGGACGCAAUUUGUAAGGGCGCUACAGUGGAUCCGGUCUGGCAGGAUGUGAUCCUCGGCCUGGCGGCGAGCGAAGAGAAACAAUCAAUGGACCAAGAGGAUGGAAUGCCGCAUCUUAGCAGCCAUCUGAAUCAGUUUUUUGUGGCCCGCCACGCCGACCUCUGGAAGUCUGCGGAACCCAUGAAGCUUAUGCGCUCCGUACUAAGCUCGGCCGAGCAUAAAGAUGAUCACGGAUGUCCUAGCAGCGAGGUCGAAGGAGCGCAGACGCCGCCGACGCCUCUCGUCAUGGCGCUUGCAGAACGUAAUCUUUCGCAGUACCGAUAUUUGAAGGACAAGGAUAUAACCGAAAUGUACCUCGCACUACGCGAAGAGGAUAUCAUGGGCAUGGACAGUAAUGCUGCGAUCCCUCAAGAACUUCUCGACUUAGGUGCACAGGAUUUCGACGACGCUGAUAUAAUAGAACAGCUGAUGGAGCAAGAAAAUGAUGGGGGGAUACAGGAACAUUUUCAUCACGAAGAUGGAAGACACUCUAGAGGGGAAAAUCUUUCUCCACAGCGAGAUAAUAUCCUUCAGUUCUUUAUGAACACCUUAUUUCCGUGGAACAACCUGAAUGAUGCGGCUCAUCAACAGGAAUCGCGGCAUGCUGGGGGAGCGAGUUCACUCAUCACAGGUUCUGAUGGGGAGGAUGAUUGGGAGGAUCUGGAGGCGUCCAGUGAUACGAGCCAGUGA